CUAAUGGAAAACCAGACAGCCGUAACAGAGUUCUUCCUCCUGGGGCUCACCGAUGCCCCAGAACUGCAGAUGCCACUCUUUAUAGUGUUCACUCUCAUUUACCUCUUCAAUGUGGUUGGAAACCUGGGGAUGAUCCUUUUGAUUUUCACUGACUUUCGUCUCCACACUCCUAUGUACUUCUUCCUCAGCAACCUUUCUCUGGUGGACUUUGGCUCCUCAUCAACUGUCAAUCCCAAGGUCAUGGCUGGUUUCCUUCUAGGAGACAAGAUCAUCUCCUACAACGCAUGCGCUGCUCAGCUGUUCUUUUUUGUAACAUUCGCCACUGUGGAAAAUUAUCUGUUGGCCUCAAUGGCCUAUGACCGAUAUGCAGCAGUCUGCAAACCCCUUCAUUACACCACCAUCAUGACCACCAGUAUGUGCACACGUCUGGCCAUAGGCUCUUCCAUCUGUGGUUUCCUGAAUUCUGUGAUCCAUGUUGGGGACAUCUUCAGUCUGUCCUUCUGUAAGUCCAAUGUGGUCCAUCACUUUUUCUGUGAUGUUCCAGCUGUCUUAGCUCUCUCUUGCUCUGAUAAACACCUUAGUGAAAUGAUACUUGUCUUAAUUUCAACCUUUAAUGUAUUUUUUGCUCUUCUGGUGAUAUUUAUUUCGUACAUUUCUAUAUUUAUCACUAUCUUGAAGAUGCACUCAACUAAGGGACAUAAAAAGGCUUUGUCCACCUGUGCUUCCCACCUCACCACUGUCUCUAUUUUCUAUGGUACCGUCAUCUUCAUGUACUUACUGCCCAGCUCCAGUCAUUCCAUGGACACAGAUAAAAUCACAUCUGUGUUCUACACCAUGAUCAUCCCUAUGCUGAACCCUCUGGUCUACAGCCUGAGGAACAAAGAAGUCAAGAAUGCCUUCAAGCACACGAUUGAGAGGUCAAGGUUUUCAAAACGGUUGGGAUUUUAA